AUGGGGACAAGGGCUCCCUCGGGAUCGGCACACCAGCCUCGCCGGUCUGCCAACUAUACUCCCAUCAAGUCCCUGGUACUCUACCAUGGGCUGCGGCGGUGGAUGGCUGGGCGCCACUGGAGCAUUCCCUCCAGGGCGAGAGGAGGUCAUGCCUGA